GUAAGUUUCAAAGAAAUGCAAGUCUCCUGAAGCGUCAGCUGACUUGGCAGUUUAAUGGCCACCUAGGAAAGAAGGGGAUUAGUGGAAAAAUCAUAGUCAAUUACGAAAACAAGACCCUUUCUGUUGAGGUUACAAUGCCUCAAGAUGCUUCAAGUAGCUCGGUUCAUGACACAAGGGGGCUUUCAGGAGGGGAACGCUCUUUCUCAACAUUGUGCUUUGCUCUUGCUCUUCAUGAAAUGAUUGAGUCCCCAUUUCGGGCAAUGGAUGAGUUUGAUGUAUUCAUGGUAAAGCAUUUAAUUUUAAACCUGAUGAAAAUGCUCUGCAUCUGUUUGGUUGGAUUUUGUGAUGAAUCAGGAGGGGAACGCUCUUUCUCAACAUUGUGCUUUGCUCUUGCUCUUCAUGAAAUGAUUGAGUCCCCAUUUCGGGCAAUGGAUGAGUUUGAUGUAUUCAUGGAUGCCGUAAGCAGAAAAAUCAGCCUAGAUGCUCUCGUUGACUUUGCAUUGGCUCAAGGGUCUCAAUGGAUUUUCAUGACACCCCAUGAUAUUAGUAUGGUGAAGCAGGAUGAGAGGGUAAGGAAGCAACAAAUGACGGCCCCUCGUUAACUUCUACUUGCAAGGACAACGGAGGAAGUAGAGCUUGGCAUCCAAGUGAUGAUUAAUGCAAAAAUAAAUAAUUGAAAGGUAUGGUAGUGGCUGGAUUUUGCUUCCAUCCUAUACAAUUGGGUUUUAUUUUCUUUUUUCUCUUUCUUUUAAAAAAUUUAAAUCAAUUUCUUGUGUAAAUUAGUGUUGAAUCAUUAGAGUUUAUGUUUGCAUGCAACAUGUUUGAUAAAAUGUCCCAAAGAUUUAUUUUG